AUCCUUCUCUUCCCUCUCCCUCUCUCCCCCCCUCGCAUCCGCCCAAACGCCCGCGCCCGCGCACGCGCACGCCCGCUCGCCCGCACCUCUGCCGCGUAGCCAUCCAAGCAAAAACCCAUCAAGCGACCCAGCCGAAAGCCAGGAAGGCAGGUGGCGUCUGUGCCGUCGGGAAUUUCGCCUCGCUUCCUCGGAGCUCCUCCUUGUCGUCGUCGGUCUCGAUCCAUCCACCCACCCAUGGACGCGCCGAGGGAGCGCGAGGCUCCGGCGGCGAGAUGAGGGGAGCCGCGGUGGGAUGGGCAUGAGGUGCAAGAAGCACCCGCUCCACGCCGGCGGCGGCGGCGUCUGCGCCACGUGCCUCCGCGACCGCCUGCUCGUGCUCGCGGCCGAGCGGAACGGCGCGUCCUCCCCGCCCCCCCGCGCGCAGGCGCAGGCCCAGCCCCCUCCGGCGCCCGAGCCCGCGGCGUUCCCGAGGUCGGUGUCGCCGUACCGGUCCCGCAGGAAGGCGGACGCCUCGGGCGCGGGCGGCGCGCUCAGGCACCACCCGAGCCUGCUCUUCUUCCGGACACCGCAGGUGGGGCCGGCCUACGGCGGCAGCGGCGCGCUCGAGGAGGGCGACAUCGGCUACGAGUACGAGAAGCGGCGCGCGGGGAAGUUCUCGGUCCUCGCCACGCUCUUCGGCCACCACCACAGAUCGGAGGUGGAGGACAAGCGUCGGGGGCGCGCCAGGGAGCGCAAGAAGUAUUCUUGGCUCGUCGGGAUCAUACCGCGCCGCCGCAAGAAGGCCGCCUCCUCCUCGCCGCCGUCGGCUCCGCCCAGGCGCUCCUGCCGCGUGGUCAGCAACCGGGGCCUCUCGCCGGAGCGGGACAGCCACGGGAGCGGCGAGGAGAGCAGCUCGCCCGCCGCGGACCCGCCGUGGCGGCCGUCCCCGUCCCCGAUGCGGAGGACCCCGUGCCGGCGCCGCCAGACUAACAGCAUGCCGUCGGGCUUCGCCGUCUGCCUCAGCCCGCUCGUGCGGCCCAGCCCGGGGCGCCGUCACCGCCCGGUCCAGCCGCAGGACCCCGGCGCCUUCUCCUGCGAGCUCCGGUCGUCGCCGCUCCACAACUUGUCGUCCGUCGCCUCCGUCACGCGCUGCCGCUCCCGGAAGCUCGCCGGCCGCUUCCGGUGAUCUUUCCAUUUUUACCCUUUUCAUCCCCUGAUUAUCACCAACUAAUCAGGAUUACUAGUCCAAUUUCUUAGCUUUGUCCGCCUGUGAAGAGAGAAGAGUCUGUAAGAUUGGCACACCCAAACUCCAAACCACUCCGUUGACAUAUACUCAGCGUAGGUUACUACUGCUUGUCGGCCCAACAUUAUGUGGCAAUGUAACGAGCUGCUUGUAUUGUAUCAAGUACUUGUUCAUGUUUGUACAGCUAGCUAUCUAAUCUUGCUGUUUUGCAAAAUAGAACUCUCUUUAAUCCAAGCCUUUCGAUCAUGUUUGGAUUCAGAAAAGACUAGACUUAGUCCUUGUUUAGAUGCCUAAACUUUUGGGUGUAAAAUAUUAUAUCACUUUUGUUUGUA